AAAAAAAAAAAAAAAACCACUAGCGUAAUAUUUCGGUGUUGCUGCAUGAUGCUGGCUAGCAGAUCAAAUGAGAGCUGCAUUAAUCAGCUGCCAGUAAAUGCUGCCACAAUGAACUCUUCUACAAGAAGUGAAAGUGACUGGCAAGGCUUAGUGAGCGAGUUUCUGAUCUGCAAGCGUAAGCUAGAGAGUAAGAAGGAGGCUCUGCUGAUUCUGUCCAAAGAGUUAGACACAUGCCAGCAGGAGAGAGACCAGUACAAGCUGAUGGCCAAUCAGCUGCGCGAGAGACAUCAGGGCCUGAAGAAAAAAUACAGAGAACUUAUUGAUGGAGAUCCUACGUUACCACCAGAGAAACGCAACCAGGUAAAUCUGGCCCAGCUGUUGAGGGAUUCACGGGAGAGGAGUAAGCAGUUAGCAGAGGAAGUGAAGGAGCUGACUCAGAGACUAACUGAGGCCCAGGGUGACAACAAGCUUUUGAGAAUGACAAUUACUAAACAGAGGCUUGGGGAUGAUGAAGUUGGGGUCAGGCACUUCCCAGCCCAUGAACGAGAGGAUCUAGUCAGGCAGUUGGAGGAAGCAGGAUUGCAGAGAGAAGAGCUGGAGAACAGCCUGAAGGCAGUGAGUGAUGAAUUGGAGGAUGUGAAGGCAGAAAGGACUGUAUACAAGGAGAAAGCUGAUCGCCUCAACCUCGAGCUCAACCAUGUAUUGGGAGGUGGAGGCAAACGCAUCGUGGAUGUGGACGCUCUUUGCAUGGAGAACAGGUAUUUACAUGAGAGACUGAAACAAGUUCAAGAAGAAGUCAGUCUGCUGAAAACAAACAUAAUGAAAUACAAGAAUGCCCUGGACCGGAGAAAGAACUCAAAAACAAGUGGCAAAUCUAACACUAGUGCACUUACUGGUGUGCUCUCUGCCAAACAGGUGCAAGAUUUAUUGAUGGAGGAUAAUGGAUGUGGUCUUCCAGUCACGCCUCAGUCUCUCUCUGACCUGAAGUCUCUAGCCAUGGCUCUGCUGGAAACAAUUCAUGAAAAGAACAUGGUUAUUCAGCACCAACGACAGACUAACAGGAUUCUGGGGAACCGAGUUGCUGAGCUUGAGAAGAAAUUGAAGACUCUGGAGGUAUCUGGGCUUUGGAGUUUACCAGGUCUGACCUACAACAUAUCAGUGGGAUUAGGGACAGGAGGUAAAGAUGCCAUUAUCUUGAAUGAGAGUCAGCGUGCCACGCCUCCCUCCUCUCUUGGCUUUCCCUUACAGCCUGUGCUCAGUGAACGGCUGACUGAUUCACAGCCCCCUGCAGAUGACAGGACAGGAAGUGGAGGGUUAUUGCCAUGGGAACUGGACACAGCUGGCGAUGACAGCUUCCUGAAUGUGUGGCCUCGCUCCCGCCCCAGUCCAGAUGGAGGUGGAGACGAGGUGGAGACACCUGUCACCUCUGAGCAAGGGGAGGAUACGCAGUCUAGCGGGCUGGAAAUCGUGAGGCAGACAGAGCAGCGGCUAUGUGAUGAGGAAGUGGGGCCAGUUGCAGAGAUGCAGCCAAUCACGAAGCAGCAUCCUGUUGUAGAGGAGGGGGAAGUUGUAGAGGUGGACAGCAGCUUGACUGUGGAGGAAGGUGAAGAUGCUGCAAUGGCACUGGCUUCUCCAGUGUCUGAUAGCUCUGAUUAUUCUCCACAUCUCAGUUCAAUGCGCAUCUGUGACCAAAGCCAGCAUGAGGACUAUAUCCAUCAUGAUUUUAGACAGAUUUUAAGUGUAACUACUGACCCUGCAGAUGUGUUGGAAGAGAAGUUCUCAAGUCUUGCAUCUACUUCCAAAGAGCCUACCCCGGCUUCACCUCUCACACCAAGGUGGGAUCUGGACUAUCAAUCAGGAGAGACUGACAGCUGUCACAGUGAAAGUGUGGCUUAAAUAGUGACCAAAUUUCUGUUCCUUAUAACAGGAACUUGUGUAAGAAUUAAAUCUCUAAAGCAAAGGUUUUCAGUUCUUGUUUGUUGCCCUGCGUGUUUCAUGUUUUCCCUCAAAACGCCUUAAUAUUUAGUUGAUGACCUCGAUCAGGCAUGGUAGAUAAGAACAAAUAUGAAACAUGAAACAGGCAGGACCCAGCUGUAAAUGAACUAAAGUGUGCAUACUUUACGCUUGCAUCUCAAGAUGUUGGAAUAUUCUUCUAAAUCUAAAACCAGUGCAUGUAUUAGUGAUUUUUGUGUUUUGCUUUAUUUCUACAUGUCUUUGUCUGUUGAAUUACAGUAUGCUAAAUUUACAGUUCCUGUGUAUAAAUUAAGUUUAUGAUUAGACAAAAAUUCACAAGCAACAGUGAUUCAUCCUCCAUAAACAGGGAUAAGUUCACUCUGAACUUUAUUUAAAUGCAUGUAUAUCACAGACUGCAUCAUGUACUCUACAUAUAUCACGCCGGUGUCAAGAAUAAGGUGUCAGUGAACCACUUAAUAUCUUACAUGUGUUUACACUUUAUGUCAACUUAGUGUUGUUGUUAAGGGAUCAUAUUUGUGCAAUCUUGAAACCAGUCUAAGAAACCCUUUCAGCACUGAUUAUGUAAUUGUUUAUGAUUUUGUUUUCUUGCAGUUGUUACAUAUAGUAUUUUGUUGUCCUGAUUGCCAAUGCCAUAUAGUUUCUACCUUCUCUACUUCCUGUUGUUUCUGUAGAAUGUUUAUUUCUUUUAGCUCCCUUUUUCUUUUUUUUUUGGAGAAAAAAGUCAGGCAAUUGUAUUCACAUGUGUCAUACAAAUGAUGCAAUUUAAAAAAAGAAAUGCACACAGAUUUCACACAAAUUACAUUUGAAUCACAAAUGAUUCACAUAAGAUAUCAAAUUGUUUCAAAUCAUGAUGGUAUUGCUGUUUACACAACUAAUUAUACACUAAUUUAAAUGUUUACAAAUGUAGAUUGUGGCUGCCCUCCCUCUUUUUUUUGCUGCAUGUGCCUUAUAAUGCAAAAUGAACUGUGCUUUCUCUGUUGGGAGAGACAAGAUAAAUGUGAUGGGAUGAUAUGGGAUAGGGUUUGUUUUCUUUUUCAGUCUCUUGGCAUUAAGUUCAUGUCAAUUAUCUUGUCUAUGACCUGUAUACUCUGAUAUGGUAUACCUGUUUAAUUAAAUAUAAAUAU